CGGGGCCAGCGACGCAGGCAGAAGCGGGCCGCGCGCUGAAGGCCAGUCGGCGCCGCUCAGAGUCGGCCGUGGGAUUGGCUGCCGCACUCGCGUGUCAGGCGGUUGCUAGGCUCCGGCCGCGCGCCCCGCCCUCGCGCUCGGCGCCCUCUCACCGCUCGGGCCUGUGCUCUCCAGGAAGAUAAGGCUUUCAAAGCUGCCUGACACUGGAAGGUGAGGCUCUGGGUGCUGCAGGAUGGAACAGCUGUGCCGAGGGUGAGGAUCCAACCCUGGGACCACAUCAUUUGCUUCCUUCCUUAGCAACUGUUGGCUUGAGCAAACCCUAGCCUGGGUGAGCAUGUCUGUGGACAACUGGCUACUGCACCCCCUCUGGGGACAGACCUUUCUCCUCCUACUGUCUGUGGCUGUGGCUCAAGCCCACUGGCCCAGUGAACCUUCAGAGGCUGUGAGGGACUGGAAGAACCAACUUGAGGCGUCCAUGCACUCAGUUCUCUCGGACUUCCAGGAGGCCGUUCCCACCGUGGUUGGCAUUCCAGAUGGCACGGCUGUUGUUGGGCGCUCAUUCCGAGUGAGCAUUCCAACAGAUUUAAUUGCCUCCAGUGGAGAAAUUAUCAAGGUGUCUGCAGCAGGGAAGGAGGCCCUGCCGUCCUGGCUACACUGGGAUCCACACAGUCAUAUUUUGGAAGGCCUUCCUCUUGACACUGAUAAAGGUGUCCAUUACAUCUCAGUGAGUGCUGCGCGCCUGGGAGCAAAUGGAAGCCACGUGCCCCAGACGGCCAGUGUGUUCUCUAUUGAGGUCUACCCUGAAGACCACAGUGAGCCGCAGUCUGUCCGGGCAGCCUCGUCAGACCCUGGGGAAGUAGUGUCAUCUGCCUGUGCAGCUGAUGAGCCAGUGACUGUCCUUACAGUGAUUCUGGAUGCCGACCUCACCAAGAUGACCCCAAAGCAAAGGAUUGAUCUACUGAACAGAAUGCAGAGCUUCUCAGAAGUAGAACUUAACACCAUGAAGUUGGUGCCUGUAGUCAAUAAUAGACUAUUUGACAUGUCAGCCUUCAUGGCUGGCCCAGGAAAUGCUAAGAAAGUGGUAGAGAAUGGGGCUCUGCUGUCCUGGAAACUAGGGUGCUCCUUGAACCAGAAUAGCGUCCCUGACAUCCGCGGUGUAGAAACCCCUGCUAGGGAGGGUACCAUGUCUGCCCACCUUGGUUAUCCUGUGGUGGGUUGGCACAUUGCCAAUAAGAAGCCCACUCUCCCCAAACGAAUCCGGAGGCAGAUCCAUGCCACUCCUACACCUGUUACUGCCAUUGGACCCCCAACCACCGCCAUUCAGGAGCCACCAUCUAGGAUAGUGCCUACUCCCACAUCUCCAGCCAUUGCACCUCCAACAGAGACCAUGGCUCCUCCUGUUAGGGAUCCUGUCCCAGGGAAGCCCACGGUCACCAUUCGGACUCGAGGUGCCAUUAUUCAGACCCCAACUCUGGGCCCUAUCCCUCCUACUCGGGUGUCAGAAGCUGGUACCACAGUUCCUGGCCAGAUUCGCCCAACACUGACAAUUCCUGGUUAUGUAGAGCCCACAGCAGUUGUUACUCCUCCAACAACUACCACAAAGAAGCCACGAGUAUCCACGCCAAAACCAGCAACGCCUUCAACUGAUUCGUCAACUACCACAACUCGAAGGCCAACCAAAAAACCACGGACACCCCGACCAGUGCCCCGGGUCACCACCAAAGCACCGAUCACCAGAUUGGAGACCGCUUCCCCACCCACUCGAAUCCGCACUACCACCAGUGCAGUGCCCCGUGGGGGAGAAGCUAACCAGCGGCCAGAGCUUAAGAACCACAUCGACAGGGUUGAUGCCUGGGUAGGAACUUACUUUGAGGUAAAGAUCCCAUCAGACACCUUCUAUGACAAUGAGGACACCACUACGGACAAGCUCAAGCUGACCCUGAAGCUGCGAGAGCAGCAACUGGUGGGUGAGAAAUCCUGGGUUCAGUUUAACAGCAACAGCCAGCUCAUGUAUGGUCUGCCUGACAGCAGCCAUGUCGGAAAACAUGAGUAUUUCAUGCACGCCACGGACAAAGGGGGCCUUUCUGCUGUGGAUGCCUUCGAGAUCCAUGUUCACAAGCGCCCACAAGGGGACAAAGCUCCCGCGAGAUUCAAGGCCAAACUUGCAGGGGAUCCCGCACCAGUGGUGAAUGACAUCCACAAGAAGAUCGCUUUGGUAAAGAAGCUGGCUUUUGCCUUUGGGGAUAGGAACUGCAGCUCCAUCACCCUUCAAAACAUCACCCGGGGCUCUAUUGUGGUCGAGUGGACCAACAACACUCUGCCCCUGGAGCCCUGCCCCAAGGAGCAGAUCGUAGGGCUGAGCCGCAGGAUUGCUGAUGAAAACGGGAAGCCUCGUCCUGCCUUCUCCAAUGCUCUGGAGCCUGACUUCAAGGCUCUGAGUGUUGCUGUGGCGGGCUCUGGCAGUUGUCGGCACCUCCAGUUUAUCCCCGUGGCACCACCCUCUCCUGGAACCUCAGCAGCACCGGCCACAGAGGUUCCAGACAGGGACCCUGAGAAGAGCAGUGAGGAUGAUGUUUACCUGCACACAGUCAUCCCAGCUGUUGUGGUUGCAGCCAUCCUGCUCAUUGCUGGAAUCAUUGCUAUGAUCUGCUAUCGCAAGAAGAGGAAGGGCAAACUGACCCUGGAGGACCAGGCCACCUUUAUCAAGAAGGGGGUGCCUAUUAUCUUUGCAGAUGAGCUGGAUGACUCUAAGCCCCCGCCCUCUUCCAGCAUGCCGCUCAUCCUGCAGGAAGAGAAGGCCCCCCUCCCUCCUCCUGAGUACCCUAACCAGAGUGUGCCCGAGACCACUCCUCUGAACCAGGACACUGUGGGAGAGUACACACCCCUGCGGGAUGAGGAUCCUAAUGCACCUCCCUACCAGCCACCCCCACCCUUCACAGCUCCCAUGGAGGGCAAGGGCUCCCGUCCCAAGAACAUGACCCCAUACCGAUCACCCCCUCCAUAUGUACCCCCUUAACCCACAAGCGCCUGGGUGGAGGCAGGGGUAGGGCAGAGGCCUGGAGACAACUCGGUGUUGUCUGUAGAGACCGGUGGCCCACAGACCGUUGCCCACCGGUACCCAACACCUGACCUAGCACACUGACACACGGGGCCUGGACAAGCCCGCCCUCUCUGGUCCUCCCAAACCCCAAAGCUGCUGGAGAGACUUUGGGGGACUUUUUUUAUUUUUAUUUUUUGCCUAACAGCUUUUUGUUUGUUCAUAGAAAAGUCUUCGCUGCGUUUUUGAUGGCUCUGAAAGCGCUGUUUGAGUAGAGGUAGGAGGAGGAGGGAGCGAGGAACCGUGAAUGAACUCGCAGGCAGUGCUGGGUGGCCCCCAGCUCUCUGCAUUUUGCCUUUAACACUAACUGUACUGUCUUUUCUAUUCACGUGUGUCUAGCUGCAGGAUGUAACAUGGAAAACAGUAGCUAAAGAUUAAAUUCAAAGGACUUUCAGAAAUUAAGGUUAAGUUUUUACAUUUAAUCUGCUGUUUACCUAAACUUGUAUGUAUAAUUUUUGGGUGGGUAUGGGGAAUUGCUUUGCUAAAAAUAAGCUCCCAGGGUGUUUCAGACUUAGAGAAGACCAAGGGACAGUAUUUUUUAUCAAAGGAAUCCUAUUUUUUCACACUAUGUCACCUUGGUUGCUCUGAUAUCCCAGAGCCUGACUGAGGGCCUCCUGGGCCUGGCUCAGGUGCCGGGCCCUGGUGCUGGGUCUGCUCUCCCGCUGUUGCCAGGGGCUGGAAGCUGGAGGGGCCUCUUGGGCCAUGGACAUCCUGACCUCUACCCCAUGCACGCUAGUGGCCUACCACCAAGGGGGUCUUCAUUUCUGUGGGAAAGGGACUCCAAAAGGCAUUGGUGGCUGUGGCCUCCAACCUAGGUGCUCCAAGGUGGGCCAGCUGCUCGUAGGGGCACCUGGGAAGGUCGAAGGACUCCACCUCAUCAACCUUUCUUUUCCCCUUUCUCUGUGGGUUUGGUUUUGUUUUGUUUUGUUUUGUUUUUCCUUUCCUCUUAAAAGGAAUACCAUGGUCUUUGAAACACUCAGUGGGGGACAUUUUGGUGAAGAUGCAAUAUUUUUAUGUCAUGUGAUGCUCUUUCCUCACUUGACCUUGGCCACUUUGUCCCAACAGUCCACAGCCCUACCUACCCCAUACACCCUGCCCCCUCUUCUCUGGCGCUCCAGUCCUGGGCCUUGGGCCUGAACAACUGGAAAAGGUCUGGUGGCUGGGGAGGAGUGCCAGCAAUAGUUCAUAGUAAAAAUCUGUGGGCUCUCAAAGCUAAUUUUUUACUAAAGUUUUUAUACAGCCUCAAAUUGUUUUAUUAAAAAAAAGAUUAAAAAAUGGUGAUGCUUAACAGCAGUUUGUACAAGC